AUGGAUACUUCCGAAAAGAUGGGAAUCUCUAAAUCUUGUUAUGAAAAUUCAUUUGAUAAUGAAUUGAUCAGUAGUCCACUCCCGCCCUAUCAAUUAACAAUAGAAAUCGAGGAACUUGUUUCUCCCCCAAAAAAUUCUCGCAAGGCAAAAAAAUUUCAAAAAAAUCCACACUCUACGUCACCUCCAAGGCCACAAAACGACUUCAUCUUAUUUCGUCGCGAUUUUUACGCAAAAUUGAGAGUAGAAGGAAUAAAAAUGAAGAAUGGAGAUAUCUCUCGUUUAGUAUCUGAAGUGUGGAACCAACAACCGAACGAAGUUCGUCGAUAUUUUAAACUCCUCGAAAAGUUGGCGAUAGAAAGACAUAAUGAAGCAUUUCCGGAUUAUAAAUAUUCCCCGAAAAAAAGCAAUGCAAAAAAACCAAAAUCCAAAAAUACACGUCAAAUGAAUAACAAUAUUGAACGAUUCCCAGCGAUUUACAACGAAAUGAGUGAAGAGACAUUAGAAGAACCAAAAACAACUUUGGAAAUUCCUUUAAAUGAAAAUACUAAUGUCAUUGAUCCUAAUUAU